GUGGGAAUGUUGGGGUUCCACCGCCCACCUUGGGGUGCGGUGGGGCUGUGAGCCCCCAGCCCGGGCAUUCCGGGUGGAGUUCCCUAUCUAGCACCUCAUCCCAGUCCUCUUCUUGCUUUUCCUGAUCUCUGGAGUCCACCGAGCGUGAGGGGCAGCCGGGGAAGGGGCCCUUUUUGCGGGGAACACCUGAGGAAGCUCAGCCAAGCCGCCUCACUGGGAUCACCUCGGUGGAACGAGCUCACCAAUCUCGGGGGAGUUCACACUUGGGGGCUCCAAACUCUUCCAGCUCUUCCAGCUCUCCUGUGCCACAUCCAGCAGCUCUUGCCCAUCCCUUCGUGCGUCCUUGUGGCAGAAGGAGCAGGGAUUCCCCAGAGAUGCAGGAAACUGAGGCACAAGUGGGCUGCCAGCCCAUCCAGGAUUGCCCAAGAGGCUGAUCCUGGAUCAAGUUUCCCACUUCUCCUUCUCCUCCCCAGCAGCCCCAGCCCGGUGAAGCAGCAGGUUCAGAUGCAGAAGGAGAAGCAGCAACUCUCACCCCCUCCCUGAGGGUUGGGGCUGGGCUGGGGGCUGCUUGAGUGGCCCAGUCCCCAUCCCCUCGCCUGUUUGUCCACAGGUGACUGUUCCAAGAUGUCCCUCUGGAACCUGGUGUCCCACAUGCCACCGGAGGAGUUCAGCAGCCUCUCCGCGGAGUUUCCCCGGAGUCUGCGCUGUCUCCUGGCCGAGUGGCUGGAGAACCAGCCCUGGGAGUUCAUCAAUGGCUCAGACGCCUUCUGCAGCAGCAUGGCCAGCAGGCUGCUCUCGGCCAUGCUGGAGAAGCUCCGCAGCGCUGCCAGCAGCGAUGGGCAGCAGAGCCAGAUCCUGCAGCAAGUCAGCAGCAUCGAGAACACCUUCCGUCGGGACCCUCUGCGGCUGGUGGCCGUUGUGAGAGCCAUCCUGGAGGGUGAGAAGGCGGCCGUGCUCAAACGGGACCACCACCUGCCCCUCAGCUUCCACCGGCGGCAGGAGGAGCUGAAGUUCAGCCUGGGGCUGCAGCGGCUGCAGCACCGAGUCCGUGAGAUCCAGGCGCUCUGCGAGGAGGGGCCAGGGCGGGACGGGGCCGUGCAGGGCCCCAUGGCCCCCAGGGAACUGCCCACCCUCAUCUUGGAGGCUGUGAAGGAGCUGGAGGCGGCCAAACAGCAGGUGCUGAAGAGGAUCCAGAUCUGGAAGAGACAACAGCAGCUGGCAGGGAACGGGGCCAUCUUUGAGGAGGAUCUGGCACCGCUGCAGAAGAGGUGCGAGAACCUGGUCGAGGUUUACUUCCAGCUGCAGGAACAGGUGAUGGCAGUGAGCACCGAGCCUGACCUGCUGCCGCGGCUCCUGGAGCGCCUCAACGAGGUGUUGUCCAGCCUGGUCAAGAGCUCCUUCCUGGUGGAGAAGCAGCCCCCACAGGUGCUGAAGACCCAGACCAAAUUCCAGGCAAACGUCCGGUUCCUGCUGGGCCCGAAGCUGCUGAAGGCAGCGCCCAAGCCCUACGUGGUGAGGGCUGACAUGGUGACAGAGAAGCAGGCACGGGAGCUGGAGCUCAGCAACUACAGCAACACCCUCAGUGAGAGCACGGGGGAGAUCGUGCACAACACGGUGGCCCUGGAGACCAACCCCACCAGCGGGACCUGCUGCGCCAACUUCAAGAACGUGCUGCUGAAGAAGAUCAAGCGCUGUGAGCGGAAGGGCUCUGAGUCGGUGACAGAGGAGAAAUGCGCCGUCCUGUUCAGCACCAGCGUCACCUUGUCCCCCAGCAACGUCUCCAUCCACCUCCAGGUCCUGUCUCUGCCCAUCGUGGUCAUCGUCCACGGGAACCAGGACAACAACGCCAAAGCCACCGUGCUGUGGGACAACGCCUUCUCCGACAUUGAGCGGGUGCCCUUCGUGGUGGCCGAUCGAGUGCCCUGGGACAAGAUGUGUGACACCCUGAACCUGAAGUUCAUGGCAGAGGUGCAGACCACCAAGGGGCUCCUCAAGGAGCACUACUUCUUCCUGGCCCAGAAGAUCUUCAAUGACCACAGCGCCAGCCCUGAGGACUUCCAGGGCCGCCAGGUCUCCUGGGCCCAGUUCAACAAGGAGAUCCUCCCUGGCCGGGGAUUCACCUUCUGGCAGUGGUUUGAUGGAGUCCUGGACCUCACCAAGAGAUGUCUCAAAAGUUACUGGUCAGACAGGCUCAUCAUGGGCUUCAUCAGCAAGCAGUACGUGUGCAAACUGCUAAGCAUGGAGCCGGACGGGACCUUCCUGCUCCGCUUCAGCGACUCCGAGAUCGGGGGCGUCACCAUCGCUUACGUCAUCCGGGGCAAGGACGGCUCCAGCCAGGUGGAAAAUAUCCAGCCCUUCUCUGCCAAGGACCUGUCCAUCCGCUGCCUCGGCGACCGGAUCCGGGACCUGGGGCAGCUCCGUAACCUGUACCCCAACAUCCCCAAGGACCAGGCGUUUGGGAGUCACUACAACAAAGAGCAGACAGGCAAGGACGGCCGGGGCUAUGUCUCCACUGCCAUCAAGAUGACUGUGGAAAGAGAAAGGGACCAGCAGCCUCCAAGCACCGUGGGGGCCCCUCCCGAGGCUCCCCAGGCACCGAUGUUCAACGUGCCCGUGCUGCAGCACGAGCUGCGCCCUGAGAGUCUGCAGCCACUGCUGGCCCCCAUCUGCCCCCCCACUCCGUUCUGCCCCCAGCCCAUCCCCACGGGCUACCCCACUGUUGAGAGCAAUAUCAUGAUGGUCCCCAACAGGCUCACCUCCCCGUUCCACAGCCCAUCACCGAUGGUCUCGCCUCCCUCGCUGUCCCACUGCCAGGACCCUGCCUUCAGGCCCCCCGGGUAAGACCUGGCACACAGGUGGAUGGGGGGGGACACCCUGCCCUGCCCCCUUUCCCUCCCCCCAACCCUGGGCUGGCACACCUGGAGUGACCAUCCCCAGCUGACCAGUGCUCCCAGGAGGAGCUCCCCCACCAGCCCCCCACAAACCAAGCAGUGCCUUCCCAAUGCCUCGGGGCUGCUUUGUGCCC